AUGACCGGGCCGCCGUCCUCUUCCUACCCCAGCCAGGUCCCGCCGCCAACCGUCGAGAUUUCACCGGAAAAUCGAAGAGAAAAGCUCGGUUUCGCCCGAAACUUCACCGGCUUCGUUCUCCGUCGUCCGGCCGCCAUUUUUGGCGAUCCAGGAGUCUUGAGCCGUGAUUUGUGGUUUUUCCGGCGAUGGGUUAUCGCUUUGGACACCCACGCGCUACCGGCGCGUGGGCACUGUAGUCGAGGGGCAUUUUUGUCCCAAUGGGAUCCUCAGGUUGUCAUGAGCGCGAUUCGACGGAUCGUAAAACGGAGUCCCGGAUACUCCGGAAAUGCCAACCCUGGGGUUAGGGUUUUAGUAACCGUCCGGUCGUGCGAUCGUGAGCAAUCCGACCGUCCGAUCUGGACCAAACUUGCAGGACGGGAGACUCUGCCGAAAUUUUGGCAGAAAGUCACGUGCCCUAAAUCCUCUCUGGUAAAAGAGGACAUAGUUUUAAGGAGUGAACCCUGCGUGGGUGUGAUGCCGGGGUCUCCGCAGGGUUCGUCUCGGGUUCCGGGAAAUUCGGGGCGGCCUGGUGGAAAUUCCGAUGGUCUCAAAGGCGGUGAUAUAGACCCACGUCUAUUAUUUCAUUAUGGGAUCCCAUCGGGGUGUAACAUGUUGGCUUAUGAUCCCAUUCAAAAAAUACUUGCAGUUUCGUCCAAGGAUGGCAGAAUUAAAUUAUUUGGCAAAGAUAACACUCAAGCUCUGCUUGAGUCUGUCAAUGCAGUACCAAGCAAGUUUUUACAGAUUUGGGAUAUAGAAAAGAACCUGUUAGCUGAUGUGCAUGCUUUUGAAGAAGAUAUUACUUCUUUCACUGUCAUGCAACAUAGUCUCUACAUGUAUGUUGGAAAUUCUGCUGGUAAUGUUAGAGUUUUGAAGCUUGAGCAAGAACAUAUAGUACAAAUGAAGUAUACUAUACCUUAUUCAGCUUCUCAUGGGAAUCCAACUGAAGAAACUGGUGAUACUUCUGUGGUACAUGUACUGCCUCAACCAGCAGCUGAAAAUGGUAUCAUAUCCUUAUGGGAUAUUCGAGAAAGCAAAACCGUAUUCACAGCAGGUGGAAAUGCAUUGCAAUCACUUCAUCAUGAAGGGAAAAAAGUGACUUCUGCAUGCUGGGCAUGCCCCUUUGGGAGUAAAGUUGCUGUUGGGUACAGCAAUGGAGAUAUUUUCAUCUGGAGUGUUUCAACAAGAACUGAAUUACCAUCAGAGCCUAGUACGCAAAAUGGGAAGGCAAGUAGACUAUAUGUUAUGGGGGGGUCUGACACCAUCUCUUCAAACUUGUUGCAGGUAAUCUUGUUGAAUGAACAUACAGAAGGUCGCACUAUUAAAUUAGGGCUUCAGUUGCCCGAGCCUUGUAUCGACAUGGAGAUUGUUUCAAGCUUAAGUGAGCAAAGCAAACAUAAACAAGAUUGCUUUCUUUUGCUUGGUAAUUCAGGAAAUCUUUAUGCCUAUGAUGAUUGUUUGAUCGAAAAGUAUCUUCUACAAAGCCAAUCAAAGUCUUCACCAUCAUUGCCAAAGGAGGACUGCCUUCUCCUGGCGAAAAGCAUUCCAUCUCUCUUUUCUUUUGAGACAAAACCAAAAGAUGGAACUCAUUUAAAUGCAGCCCGCUUCACUGGAUUUUUGAAAGUAAAAAAUCUGUACAUAACUGGACACAAUGAUGGAGCCCUGAACUUUUGGGAUUUGUCAUGUCCACUUUUAGUACCAAUACUAUCAUUAAAGCAACAGAGUGAGGAUGAUCUUUCUUUAAGUGGUAUACCAGUCACAGCCUUGUUUUUCAAUGAGAACUCUCGGCUUCUUGUUUCUGGAGAUCAGAGUGGAAUGGUUCGAAUCUUUAGAUUGAAACCUGAACCAUAUGCCAAUGUGAGCAGUUUCUUGAAGUACGAAAAAGGAAACGAUCACAUCAUUCAAAGCGUUAAACUCUUGAAGGUUAAUGGUUCUGUACUUUCUGUGAACAUAAACCACAGCACAGGACAUCUUGCUGUUGGGUCUAGUCAAGGAUAUGUUUCAGUUCUUGAUAUAGAAGGGCCAACUGUAUUAUACCAAAACAUAUUGCAAGUGAAAUCUCCACCGGCAUCAUCUCUCUGCAUUUCCAAACCCUGCAGUUUUCAUGGUUUUGACAAGAAUGUCUUAGCAGUUGCAACAGAGGAUUCAUCUGUUUUGGCUCUUGAUAGUGAUAAUGGAAACACAUUGAGUACUAGUUUGGUUCAUCCCAAAAAACCCACUCGAGCACUUUUCAUGCAGAUCUUGGAUGGGCAGGAUGUUAAAAGAUUAAACUUAUUAAACGGUCUUGACUUGAGCAAUGGGAGCCCUGUUGAGGACGGCGGAGUUAAGAAGGUAAUCUACAAGAAGAAAUUCCAAGCAUCUUGUUGCUGGGCUUCGACAUUCUACACCUCCUCUGAUGUUGGCCUUAUACUCCUUUUCACAAGUGGAAAAGUUGAGAUAAGGUCCUUGCCGGAGUUAUCCUUAAUAAAGGAGACUUCAAUAAGGGGCUUCACAUACUCCACUCCAAAACCAAAUUCAUUUUCUGACAGUUUGAUAUGCUCUUCGUGUGAAGGAGAACUUGUUAUGGUGAAUGGUGAUCAGGAAAUAUUUUUCUUCUCUCUUUCACUCCACAAUAAAAGCUUCAGGCUUUUAGACUCUUUCAACUCGACUUACCAGAAAGAUUUGAUAAUUCCACAAGAAGAUCUCAUUCCUGGACGGACCAUACAAAAGGAAAAGAAAAAGGGUAUAUUCAGCUCUGUCAUUAAAGAUAUUGUGGGAAGCAAAGCGAAGAAUGUCCCUGAGAUUGAAACUGAAGAUACUAAAGAAAGUUUCGAAGAACUUUCUACGAUCUUUUCAACUGCUAACUUUACAGUUGAUGUUGAAAACACAGAUGAGCAGGCCAGGGAUGAAGAUGAGCUAGACCUAGAUGACAUUGACAUCGACAUGGACAUGGACAUUCCUGGAGAAAAACCAAAAGAGCAGAAUAUGUUGGCAGCUCUUAACAAGGAAAAGUUGGCAAGCAAAUUUAUGGCCUUUAAAGGUAAAGUGCUGAAACAAAUGAAGUCCAAGACUGAGAAAAACUCCACCAAAGAAGAGCAACAGGAUGGGAAGGUUGGUCAAGUUGACCAAAUUAAGAGGAGAUAUGGAUUCUCGUCAAAUGAAGCAAAUAUUGCUAAAAUGGCAGAAAGCAAGCUGCAGGAGAACAUGAAAAAGUUGCAGGGAAUCAACCUGAGGACUACAGAGAUGCAAGACACAGCUCAAUCAUUCUCAUCCUUGGCAAAUGAACUGCUGCGAACUGAACAGGAUAGGCGAGGCUCAUGA